CCUCGUCGUCGUCGUCGUCUUGCUCUCCGUUGUUGUUGCUCCUCGUGCACUGUUGCGGGCUUUCCACCUCCAAAUUCUUAUUGGUUGACGUGUGUGUGACGAUUGCUGGCAUUUUCUUCGUCUCUUCCGCGAAUGAGAUGAAUAAUAUUAUUUGAUUGUGACAGUCGCUUGCUGUCGUCGUGCGGGUUCCACGGAGCAUCAAGGAAGGACAUUUCUUUCGAACAGGUUUGACUCGCUUUAUUUUUUAAUACAGCUUGUCUUCAGGUCUGGUCUCUUUUCAGCUCCUUCUCUGCUGCUCGCUCCUCGGUUGCUUUUCAGCCGCCCUCGUCGUCGUCGUCUUGCUCUCUGUUGUUGUUGCUCCUCGUGCACUGCUGCGGGCUUUCCACCUCCAAAUUCUUAUUGGUUGACGUGUGUGUGACGAUUGCUGGCAUUUUCUUCGUCUCUUCCGCGAAUGAGAUCAAUAAUAUUAUUUGAUUGUGACAGUCGCUUGCUGUUGUCGUGCGGGUUCCACGGACCAUCAAGGAAGGACAUUUCUUUCGAACAGCCAGGAAUGCCCCAGACUGCGUGCUCUGGCACCAUGUUCACCACUCCCAGUGGCUUCAGCCCCCAUCUGGCCUGCGCUGAGCCUGGGGAGGAGGAGGAAGAGGAGAACACGCAGGAGGGCCAGGGAACCCCCGCUUGCCUGGCGGACGGGCCGCCCAUCACCUCCGCCUCACUGGAAACCCUCAUCCAGAAUCUGGUGCCUACCGCUGACUACUAUCCAGAGAAAGCCUAUGUGUUUACGUUCCUGCUGAGCGCCCGUCUGUUCAUCCCUCCUCCGGAGCUGCUGGCCCGCGUGUGUGAGCAGUGCAUCAAGCAGCAGCAGCUGGACCAGAGCCCGCUCGAUACGGCAAAAGUGCGCAAGUUUGGUCCCAAGAUCUUGCAGCUGCUCACGGAGUGGACGGAGACGUUCCCCUCUGAUUUCAAGGACGAGAAGAUGGUUGGACUACUUAAGGACAUCAUCCACAGGAUAGCUCCCUGCGAUGAGGCCUACUGGAAGACUCUAAACCAGGUGUUGCAGAAACUGAGCCAGAGGCUGGCCUUGAUGACUCGGGGGGAGGAAAGCAUCGUCCGGGUCUCCCUCAACGCCUCCUCCAUCUCCGACAAGCUCGUGGCCUUCAAGACCAAGUCUCCGCCCAUCCAGAAGGACAUGCUCUCCAUCUGCAACGACCCUUACACACUGGCACAGCAGCUCACCCAUGUCGAGCUGGAACAUUUGAGUUACAUCGGGCCGGAGGAGUUUGUCCAAGCUUUUGUCCAGAAAGACCCCCUGGAUGGAACCCAGCCUCCAUGCUUCAGCGAGCAGAAGAAGAAAACCUCCAACCUGGAGGCAUAUGUCAGAUGGUUCAACAGAUUGUGUUACCUGGUGGCCACUGAGAUCUGCAUGCCUGCGAAAAAGAAGCAGCGAGCCUUGGUGAUAGAGUUCUUCAUCGACGUGGCCAGGGAGUGUUUCAACAUCGGAAACUUCAACUCCCUCAUGGCCAUCAUCUCUGGAAUGAACAUGAGUCCAGUGUCCAGGCUGAAGACUUGGGGCAAGGCGAAGACGGCCAAGUUCUUCAUUUUGGAGCAUCAGAUGGAUCCGACGGGAAACUUUUACAACUACAGAACCGCCCUGAGGGGGGCCGCUCAUCGCUCUCAGACGGCCAACAGCAACAGAGAAAAGAUCGUCAUUCCCUUCUUCAGCCUUCUAAUCAAAGACAUUUACUUCCUGAACGAAGGAUGCGCCAACCGACUGCCCAACGGCCACGUCAACUUUGAGAAAUUUGUGGAACUGGGCAGACAGGUCGGGGAGUUCAUGACCUGGAAGCAGAUGGAGUGUCCUUUUGAGGAGGACCAGGCCAUCCUACACUACCUCCACACUGCCCCCAUCUUCAGUGAGGAUGGACUUUACCUCGCUUCCUACGAGAGCGAGAGUCCAGAGAACCAGGUCGAGAAGGACAGGUGGAAAGCACUCAGGUCAAACGUUCUGGGGAAGACAUGAGGCGCUGACGCCGGCGAAGGGAGCGCACGCUCUCAUUGCACUACCAUGAACUGUGAAGGAACCAAGCUGGUACUUAGGUGGUUUUUUUCUAUGAAGACAAAAUGAUGAACAGGUUUCAUCGAGAAGGUGUACGGGGGGGGGGUCCUACGAUGUGAAAAAGUCAUGAAGCUACUGAACAAAUGAUGUAAUCAUAACACCCUGAUGCGUUUACUCUGUGAAGACCCGUUUACGACCACGGAGAUUGCAGUUACAGGGAAGACCACUUUUGAACACCUUUGUUUUUUUUGUUGUGUUUGCUCCCCUUUCUCGUCUUCUUCGGUCCAAAGCCUUGAUAGAUAUUUUAUUUGACUCUUUACUCUGUAAUGUACUUUAAUGACAUUAAGGGCGCUGGCUAGCCCGUUGUUAACUUUUGCAGGUCUACUGAAGGAUUGAGUGUGUGCCUGGGAAGCAUUCGAACGGUUCUGUCGUGUUUGUGCGCGUGGAGCAUUCAUGUUAUUUAUUGUAUUUUAUUUUGCCGUAUCGGGGGGGGGGGAUAUGAGCUGUUGCAAAAGUGUUUACUCCUUAUUCCUUUUAAGACGUAUUGUGCCAUGAACGCAAGACAACUCCCAAUUACACUGCAAAAAGUCAGUGUUCAAAAACAAGGGAAAAAAUACAAAGAUGAUGGGUAUUUUAUUUGAUGUAAGAAAAAUUAUCUGCAAAUAGAACAAGAACAUUUGGCUUGUCAAGACUUUUCAAAACAAGUAAAAUUAGCUAACCUCAAUGAACCCAAAAAUACCUAAAAAUUUCCAUAACACACCCAGGCAGGUCCCACGGGAGGAGAGGGUAAAAGUUGGAAAAGUCGGCAAAAGUCCCAAAAAUUUUAAAAAUACCUACCCAGGUUCGAGUCCCACAAGUCCCGCCACCGGCCACGCAAGUCCCGGGAUGCCCAAAAUGUCCAUAACACACCCAGCUGAGUCCCACGGGGAGGAGGGGGUAAAAGUUGGAAAAGUCGGCAAAAGUCUCAAAAAUGUUGCAAAUACCUACCCAGGUUCGAGUCCCACCAGUCCCGCGGACGGCCACGCAAGUCCCGGGAUGCCCCAAAUCUCCAUAACACACCCAGCCGAGUCCCACGGGGAGGAGAGCGUAAAAGUUGGAAAAGUCGGCAAAAGUCCCCAAAAUGUUCAAAAUACCUACCUAGGUUCGAGUCCCACAAGUCCCGCCGCCGGUCGGGAUGCCCAAAGUGUCCAAAACUUACCCAACAAAGUCCCACGGGAAGGCGGGUAAAAAAAGGGAGAAAAGUCGGUGAAAUCUUCAAAAAUCCAUGCGGGACCUAAAAAUAAGUCCUGGGAUGCCCAAAAUGUCCAUAACACACCCAGCUGAGUCCCACGGGGAGGAGGGGGUAAAAGUUGGAAAAAGUCCCAAAAAAGUUCAAAAUACCUACCCAGGUUCGAGUCCCACAAGUCCCGCCGCUGGUCGGGAUGCCCAAAGUGUCCAAAACUUACCCAGCAAAGUCCCACGGGAAGGCGGGGGAAAAAAGGGAGAAAAGUCGGUGAAAUCUUCAAAAAUCCAUGCGGGACCUAAAAAUAAGUCCCGGGAUGCCCAAAAUGUCCAUAACACACCCAGCUGAGUCCCACGGGAAGGCGGGGGUAAAAGUUGGAAAAGUCGGCAAAAGUCCCAAAAAAGUUCAAAAAACCUACCCAGGUUCGAGUCCCACAAGUCCCGUCACCGGCCACGCAAGUUCCGGGAUGCCCAAAAUGUCCAUAACACACCCAGCCGAGUCCCACGGGGAGGGUGGGUAAAAGUUGGAAAAUUCGGCAAAAGUCCCAAUAAAGUUCAAAAUACCUACCUAGGUUCGAGUCCCACAAGUCCCGCCGCUGGUCGGGAUGCCCAAAGUGUCCAAAACUUACCCAGCAAAGUCCCACGGGAAGGCGGGUAAAAAAAGGGAGGAAAGUUGUUAAAAUGUUCAAAAAUCCAUGUGGAACCUAAAAAUAAGUCCCGGGAUGCCCCAAAUGUCCAUAACACACCCAGCCGAGUCCCACGGGGAGGAUAGGUAAAAGUUGGAAAAGUCAGCAAAAGUCCCCAAAAAAGUUCAAAAUACCUACCCAGGUUCGAGUCCCACAAGUCCCGCCGCCGGUCGGGAUGCCCAAAGUGUCCAAAACUUACCCAGCAAAGUCCCACGGGAAGGCGGGGAAAAAAAGGGAGAAAAGUCGGUGAAAUCUUCAAAAAUCCAUGCGGGACCUAAAAAUAAGUCCCGGGAUGCCCAAAAUGUCCAUAACACACCCAGCUGAGUCCCACGGGGAGGAGGGGGGAAAAGUUGGAAAAAGUCCCAAAAAAGUUCAAAAUACCUACCCAGGUUCGAGUCCCACAAGUCCCGCCGCCGGUCGGGAUGCCCAAAGUGUCCAAAACUUACCCAGCAAAGUCCCACGGGAAGGCGGGUAAAAAAAGGGAGAAAAGUCGGUGAAAUCUUCAAAAAUCCAUGCGGGACCUAAAAAUAAGUCCUGGGAUGCCCAAAAUGUCCAUAACACACCCAGCUUAGUCCCACGGGGAGGAGGGGGGAAAAGUUGGAAGAAGUCCCAAAAAAGUUCAAAAUACUUACCCAGGUUCGAGUCCCACAAGUCCCGCCGCCGGUCGGGAUGCCCAAAGUGUCCAAAUUGUACCCAGCAAAGUCCCACGGGAAGGCGGGGAAAAAAAGGGAGAAAAGUUGGUAAAAUUUUCAAAAAUCCAUGCGGGACCUAAAAAUAAGUCCUGGGAUGCCCAAAAUGUCCAUAACACACCCAGCCGAGUCCCAUGGGGAGGAAGAGGUAAAAGUUGGAAAAAGUCCCAAAAAAGUUCAAAAUACCUACCCAGGUUCGAGUCCCACAAGUCCCGCCGCCGGUCGGGAUGCCCAAAGUGUCCAAAUUGUACCCAGCAAAGUCCCACGGGAAGGCGGGGAAAAAAAGGGAGGAAAGUUGGUAAAAUUUUUAAAAAAUCCAUGCGGGACCUAAAAAUAAGUCCUGGGAUGCCCAAAAUGUCCAUAACACACCCAGCUGAGUCCCACGGGGAGGAGGGGGUAAAAGUUGUAAAAGUUGGAAAAAGUCCCCAAAAAGUUCAAAAUACCUACCCAGGUUCGAGUCCCACAAGUCCCGCCGCCGGUCGGGAUGCCCAAAGUGUCCAAAACUUACCCAACAAAGUCCCACGGGAAGGCGCGGAAAAAAAGGGAGAAAAGUCGGUGAAAUCUUCAAAAAUCCAUGCGGGACCUAAAAAUAAGUCCUGGGAUGCCCAAAAUGUCCAUAACACACCCAGCUGAGUCCCACGGGGAGGAGGGGGUAAAAGUUGUAAAAGUUGGAAAAAGUCCCCAAAAAGUUCAAAAUACCUACCCAGGUUCGAGUCCCACAAGUCCCGCCGCCGGUCGGGAUGCCCAAAGUGUCCAAAACUUACCCAACAAAGUCCCACGGGAAGGCGCGGAAAAAAAGGGAGAAAAGUCGGUGAAAUCUUCAAAAAUCCAUGCGGGACCUAAAAAUAAGUCCUGGGAUGCCCAAAAUGUCCAUAACACACCCAGCUGAGUCCCACGGGGAGGAGGGGGGAAAAGUUGGAAAAAGUCCCAAAAAAGUUCAAAAUACCUACCCAGGUUCGAGUCCCACAAGUCCCGCCGCCGGUCGGGAUGCCCAAAGUGUCCAAAUUGUACCCAGCAAAGUCCCACGGGAAGGCGGGGAAAAAAAGAGAGAAAAGUUGGUAAAAUGUUCAAAAACCCAUGUGGGACUCGAACCUGGGUAGGUAUUUGGAAAAUUUUGGGGACUUUUGCCUACUUUUUCAACUUUUACCCCCCCUCCCCGUGGGCCUCGGCUGGGUGUUAUGGGCAUUUUGGGGAUCCCGGGACUUGCGCGGCCGGCGACGGGACUUGUGGGACUCGAACCUGGGUCGAUAUUUUGAACAUUUUUGGGACUUUGCCGACUUUCCCCCCCCCCCACUUCCCGUGGGACUUUGCGUUUUGGACAUUUUUUGCAUCCUGGGACCUCUGCAGCCGGCGGCGAGACUCGUGGAACUGGAACCCGGGGAGCUAUUUUGGACAAAAUUGGGACUUCCUGUGCACCAUUGGUGGGCGUGUUUUGGACAUUUGGACAAAAAUAGUUUCAAGCAUGUUUUACUCAACAUACAGUGGGGCAAAAAAGUAUUUAGUCAGCCAGCGAUUGUGCAAGUUCUCCCACUUCAAAGGAUCACAGAGGUCUGUCAUUUUCAUCAUAGGUACACUUCAACUGUGAGAGACAGAAUGUGAAAAAAAAAUCCAGGAAUUCACAUUGUAGGAAUUUUAAAUAAAUUAUUUGUAAAUUAUGGUGGAAAAUAAGUAUUUGGUCAACCCUUCAAAGCUCUCACUGAUGGAAGGAGGUUUUGGCUCCAAAUCUCAGGAUACA